AUGCCGAAGAAAGCAAAGAAAGGUGGAGGAGGGAAAGGCGUCGGGAAGACGGAGGAGGAGAGGCUGUUGUACCUGCAGCAGAGAGCUCAGGCCGAGGAGGAGCUGGCCCAGAAGAAGGAGGAGAUCCUCACACUGUUCCUGAAGACUCAGGACAAGUUGCAGAAGGAGGAGAAGAACAGCGCGGUGAACCUGCUGAAGCUGAACGAAGGCUGGCGGUCCAUCCUCCGCCAGACUCGAGCCGCCGAGCUGCGUAAAGACAUCGCGGUGCUCGGUCAGACGUUUGAGAGGCACCUGGACGGCCUGGACAGCGUCAUCAAGAAUCUGGAGCACGACCUGCAGGAGGCGGAGCUUCAGUCGGCGCGGGUGCGACGGAUUCACCUGCAGCACCUGGAGCGUCUGUGGGCGCAGCAGCACAAACGCCUGACGUUCGUACAGCAACAGUGGGAGGACAGCCUGCAGCUCCUCGGCUCCACGUUCCACUCUGAGAGGUCAGUGUGA